AUCGACCAGGCAGUACGUUUCACAUGACUUAAAAUGAAAGUAAAACUUCCAUCUCUUGUUUCUACGAAUGAGCAUGCUACACAUAUCUAAGGUAGCACAGAGUAGCAGCCUGAUAUCUGUACACAGGGGAGUUCUACUUCUUGUUACGUGUUCAGAUUAUAAUACCAGGUUGUAAAGCCAUGGUGAUCAAACGAGAAGUAGCCUACGGUAUUUCCAAGGCUUGAGUGACUUCUGGAAAUGUGAAGAACUGCAAGAUUUUACUGUCACGCUCGGUACAACAAAGUUUGGGUGUCAUAGGUUUCUUUUGGCAGCUUGUUCUGGGUUUUUUAGAGGAAUUUUUAGAUCCGGGAUGAAGGAAACAGAAUUAAAGUGUGUGACUCUACAAGACAUCUCAAGUGAAACUUUUGAGUUGAUCAUGGAGACUAUGUACACUGGUCAUGAUGUUUUGACAAAUGACAAUGUCAUUGACAUCUGGAAAGCUGCUCAUCAGUUACAGAUACCAUUUCUAAUUAAAGAAUGUGAGGAAUUCGCUCUAGCAACAUUGUCUCUGGACAAUUACAUUGUUCGCAGGUUUUUUGAUUCUCACAAAGGCAUAGACAUUAUUUGGCCCUUUAUUCUGAAAAACGCAAACGCUUUCUUCCAAACGACCAAAUUUUUGGAGAUGCAAGUUCCGGACGUUUUGAGAUUGAUUCAAAGUCAAGAUCUUGAAACAACUUCAGAAGAUGAUGUAGUGCACGCCUUGUUGAGGUGGGUGGAAUUUAGACCUCGCCAGCAAGAUGAAACUUCUGAAGAUUCAGACAAGGAAUGUAUGUGCCAGAGUUCUGGUGAGAAAAGAAUCAAAACGGACUAUACUAGUUUCGAAGCAUUAGAAGCUGAAAAUCCAAACAAGAAUAAAACUAAGGAUUUAUAUGAUGACGAGAGAGUAGAACAGCUUCCUGAUCUGUUGUCUAAUACAAGAACUUGUUUACUGAGUCCAAAGUGUUUGAAAAUGCUGAUCAGUCACCCACUGGUAAAUAAAACCAAACUAGCCACAGACAUUAUAAUAGAUGCUUUAUUUUACCAGUUGCAAGUACGAAAGCACCAUGGCUAUUGGCCACGUGGGGCUAUCUACAGAAGUAAUAGCAACUAUGUUAACUCUGCUGUAGCUAUACGCCAGACUGAAGAGACUAUACAAAUAAAAGCAUUUUCGUUUUCAACACAGCAAUGGCUUCCACUUCCGGAUUUGUUUAGCAAGUCGAGAGUUAAUUUUGUUGCUAUUGAUAAAUCUCUAUAUGCUCUUGGUGAAACAAUUGCAACUGUUCAAAUCAUAACUGAUUUCUCGGAAUCAACCUCUCACAGCACCAAACAGAUUUUCGAACUUACAAAUGGCGCUUGGUCAGACGUUAAUGUCUCAUUUAAAGUACCACCCGAAUCAUCUGUUGUGGUGGCUGACGCUUUCAUUUAUAUACUUUCAUCCACAAGCUGUCAGGUCUGGCAGCUGGACCCAACAGCCAAAACGUCUAUUCGAAAGACUAAUUUACCUUACACAGCGUCAAUAUCUCACGUGACAAACUGUGAUCAAUUUAUCCUUGUAUUUUUUAUCAUGGCAGGUGAAAUGGACAAAGCAGCUGUUAGUUGUUUUGACACGUCACAAAACACGUGGGAAAGACUCGAUGAUUUAAAUGGCCCUGCUAUAGGUAUGAUUAGUUUUAAGGAAUCCGAAUCAACUUAUCUCCUACUGGCCAAUGGGAAUCUAUUUUUAAUUGAGAUACUGUCUAACGAUGUAGAAUUCAAAUAUUUGGCCAAACUUUGGAACUUUGACUGGCCACUUCACGGAGCAGUCAUUUUUAGAGAUGAGCUCUACAUUUAUGGAGUCAAGUCUGACGCCUUAAAACAAGAUUCCCAAAAACAAACAUCUUUAAAUUUCAAUUUCAACAGAAUAGUUUACAUGGAGAGUGAGGACACAGUGCUAUCAACAUUUAUACCAUUGACAUUAAAUCGACAAUGCAUAGUGUAGAUACAUUCGUCACUAAAAAGUGUUGUUGCUCUCAGAGAGAUCAGACGUAAAUGAGUAUUUCAGAGAAUUAGAACACAUUGAAGAAUACUGUAAAGAUAAUUUUUUAUUAUUAAAUGUAAAAAAAACAAAGAAAUGAUAAUCGACUUUCGUAGGGACAAGAAGGAAAAUGAUAUUGUUUCUGUAGCUGGAGAGACUAUUGAAAUUGUUCAAACCUUUAAAUACCUUGGUACUAUCCUAGACAAUAAACUAAAUUUUACUGCAAAUACUGAUUAUAUCAGCAAAAAAGGGCAGCAAAGAUUACGACUACUAAGAAAACUGUCCUCGUUUAAUGUUAGCGAAAAGGCCUUGGCUAUGUUUUAUCACGCUCACAUCUGCAAUAUUUUAAGUUUCAAUAUCAUUGCCUGGUAUGGCAAUCUGAGCAUUAAAAAUAAACUUAAUAGAAUCCUAAAUGCUGCUGGCAAAAUCAUUGGCAAAAAACAAACCCCAUUUGGGCAGUUGUUUGAGACAAACAUCUAUAAAAAAGCUAACAAGAUCCUCGAAAUAAAGAAUCAACCUUUCUGUCAGGAUUUUGUGAUUUUACCAUCACAAAAGAGAUACAAGACACCGAUAGCAAAGACAAACAGACACAAACACUCUUUUGUUCCCCUGGCAAUCAAAUCAUUAAUUAAGAACAAUCUGGUAUAAACUUUGUCACAUGUCAAUUAUGAGUGAGUCUGGUGUGAAUGUACACUUUGGUUUCUUAUAAUGUUUUUUUGUUUGGUGUAAUGCACAAAUUGUAAGACAAAUUUCCUUACGGAUAAUAAAGAUUAUUAUUAUUAUUAUUAUUACAUUUAUAUGGCUUCAUAAUGCAUCAUUUAAAAGAUCACACAAAGAAAGUGUAAUCGAUUCGUAGAAUGAUCUGCCGGUGGUUUCUGACCAACAAAACAUUGUUUAUGUGGAUCGGAAAAUUAUUCAGCAAAUCCAGAGAGUGAGCUUUUUAAGAAUAUUCUUAUAGCUUUUACAAACUCAAACUCCCGCUCCAAUUCGUCAAUGGGAAAAAACACUCCACUGAAAAUUACCGGCUUUAUUAGACGGGUAAACAUUGACAAGGCUGCUUUCUUAACAUGGCUCAAAGCAGGUCAUCUCUACCCUGAAACUGAAGGCUUUUACAGCAAUACAGGACAGAGUAAUUAGGACAAAAAAUAUACGAGAAGCAUAUCCUGAAACUCAAUAUUGUAGUCAAAUGCCGAAAAUGUGGAUGAGUCAAUUGAGUCAAUAGAACCCAUAAUGGCUGGAUGUUCAGCCGUAUCAGAAUCUGCCUACCUAGAUUGUCAUAACCAACUUGCAAAAUUAAUACACUAACAUUUGGCUUUAUUGACAUCCCCGUACUACUGUCUUUAAGAAAAACGGGAAAAAAAAAGAAAAUAUGGGAAUCUAGGCUUCGAGAUUAAGCAUUUAUGGAAGUUACCCAAAAUAACAAUAUUCCCCAUUGUUAUAUCAACCGAGGGGAUAAUAACAACUGACCUCACAGCUACCUUCAAGGCACUUAACAUUCCUAGAAAGAUUCUCGUUGCCUGUCAGAAGGCGGUACUGCUGCAGACCUGGCACAUCACCAGAAAAUUCCUCAGUGGAAACUGUUAAAAGACUACAAUAAAUUUUGUUUCUCUUUAACGAAACUUGAUCCUGGCAGUGCCAGAGAAUUAAAACUCGUUCGUUUCUAACAUAAUAUAUUAUUAUUAUCCAUUAGGAAAUUUGUCUUACAAAUUGUGCAUUACAUCAAACAAAACAUUAUAACUAUAGAAAACCAAAAUAUACAUUCACACCAGAAUCACUCCAAAUUUACAUGCGAAAAGUUCAUAUCGGAUAGUUUAAUUUUAUUUAAUGAUAUAAUUGCCAGGCGGACAAAAGAGUUUUUGUGACUGUUUGUGUUUCCUAUCGGUGUCUUGUUUGUAAUAAUAAAAUAACAAAAUCUUAACCCAAAGGGCGAUUUUUUUUUAAUUUCAAGAAUCUUUUUAGCUUCUUUAUAAACGUUUGCCUCAAAUUGCUGCCCAAAUGGGGUUUAUUUUUUGCCAAUGACCUUACCAGCAGCAUUUAGAAUCUGUGAAAUUUACUUUUUUUUAAUGCUCAGAUUGCCGUACCAGGCAGUGAUAUUGAAACGUAAAAUAUUGCAGAUGUGAGUGUGAUAAAACAUAGCCAAAGUCUUUUCGCUAGCAUUAAAUAAGAACAUUUUUGUAAGUAAUAGUAAUCUUUGCUCCCUGCAACAUCAGCGUUUUUUUAUGAUGGAGCAGAAAGAACUAUCUGAUUGAGAAUCAUUGGUGUACAAAAUGAAUCACAAGACAAAGAGCUGAGAAUUUGAUUCUGCUUAAAUUGUGCCGAUCUUCUUAUCUUAUAUAAUACAGACGUAACUUCAAAAAAGAAGAUGAUUACGUACUACGCGUCAUGCAUUUGGUCAUGCAUAUUAUCUAUUUGUUGUAUAGUGGAAUUAUUUCUCUAUCUAAUUAAUAGCGCCGCGUUUAUCACUAGUUGAUGACGUCCUCUGAGUGACUUUUUAUUUUAUUGUGUAGGCUAGGGGAAUGAUCUCCCCUUGUUGCUUAGUCAUUAUUUCUUGUGACGUAGAGUGAUAGCGCGUUAUGACUUUCGUCAUAAAUCGUCUGUUCCCUUCUCUCCAUCUUGUACUGUAGAGACAAGUUGUGUCAAGUCUCAGUGUUAGACUCAGUGUCAGUCUCAGUGUUAGACUCAGUGUCAAGUCUCAGUGUUAGACUCAGUGUCAAGUCUCAGUGUCAAGUCUCAGUGUUAGACUCAGUGUCAAGUCUCAGUGUCAAGUCUCAGUGUUAGACUCAGUGUCAAGUCUCAGUGUCAAGUCUCAGUGUUAGACUCAGUGUCAAGUCUCAGUGUUAGACUCAGUGUCAAGUCUCAUUGUUAGACUCAGUGUCAAGUCUCACUGUUAGACUCAGUGUCAAGUCUCAGUGUUAGACUCAGUGUCAAGUCUCAGUGUUAGACUCAGUGUCAAGUCUCAGUGUUAGACUCAAUGUCAAGUCUCAGUGUUAGACUCAGUGUCAAGUCUCAGUGUUAGACUCAGUGUUAGACUCAGUGUCAAGUCUGAGUGUUAGACUCAGUGUCAAGUCUCAGUGUUAGAAUCAGUGUCAAGUCUCAGUGUUAGACUCAGUGUCAAGUCUCAGUGUUAGACUCAGUGUCAAGUCUCAGUGUCAAGUCUCUGUGUUAGACUCAGUGUCAAGUUUUAGUGUUAGACUCAGUGUCAAGUCUCAGUUUUCAAUAUUAAGAUUUCAGCUUUAGUCUACAGGACUGAGGUCUUCAUCCAGUCUGUCUGACGUUUCAAGUUUGUUUUCACGAGUCUGAGGUUCCAGAUUCCAGGCUGCGGGUUGCUGUGUCCAGACCUGGUGAUACAGUGUGAACUAUGACCUUUUGACUAAUAAUCGUCGGCGUCGGUGAACAGUAUCUGAGCCAGAAGCUAGAUCUACGGGGAUUACCAGCUGUUGUCUUGAAAGUUUAUGUGGACAAUUGUACUGAACCCUAAAAUUAUGGUGAUUUUUCAUAUCAUAUUAUAUGCACUUAUAUUUGCUUAUCAUUUCAUAGAUCAGAUGACAUUAUCAUUUGUAAAUAUAUCAUUAGAUUAAAUUCAUAAUUUUAUUUAAAUCAUCA